ACCUUCAUUCAUUAUAUUAUCCUUUAUUUUUAUAUAUAUAUAUAUAUCAACAUGACAUCAGAUACCUUAACGUUACGCAUGGGAGUCAUUGAAGCAAGAAACUUAGCAGCAGCAGAUAAGACUGGUUUCUCCGAUCCUUAUGCUGUUAUCCGGAUUAAUAGCAAGAAAUAUACAACAAAAGUAGUGAAACAGACACUUGACCCUGUAUGGAACUUUGAAUUCGACAUCAAUAUGCAUCCUGGUCGAUUACCAGCACUGAUCAACAUUACUGUAUGGGAUAAGGAUACCUUUGGUCGUGACUUUUUGGGUGAAGUAACUGUACCGUUUAAGAACGUAUUUGAUAGAAAUGCUGGAGGUUCAGCUGAUGGUGUGGCUCGACACUAUGGGGAUUCUGAAAACCAAUCAGCCUGGUAUACUUUAAACAAACGAACUGAGAAGAACAAUGUGUCUGGGGAAAUCUCUCUUCGAUUUGGUUUUAUGGAAAAAGUUAUUCGUCCUUGUGAAGAGUAUAUGGCGGCUUGGGACCAAUUGAUAGUAUAGAUAUUAAAUUGAACAAACACACUUACCUUAUAUAUAUAGUCAACUUCACUAGAUUUUUUUUAAUUUUUUUUUUUUUUUUUUUUUACCUUUAUCAUUCAUUG